AUGCUUCCAUUAAUUGGGAAAAAAAUGAUCUUUGAUAACUUUCCGGAUCCCUCUGAUACUUGGGAAAUCACUGAAACAAUCGGCAAAGGAACUUACGGGAAAGUUUUUAAAGUGCUGAAUAAGAAAAAUGGCCAGAAAGCAGCAGUCAAAAUUCUGGAUCCAAUCCAUGAUAUUGAUGAAGAGAUUGAAGCAGAGUAUAACAUCUUGAAAACACUUUCUGACCACCCUAAUGUGGUCAGAUUCUAUGGGAUGUAUUUUAAGAAAGAUAAAGCAAAUGGAGAUAAGCUCUGGUUGGUUCUUGAGCUGUGCAAUGGAGGCUCAGUGACUGAUCUUGUGAAAGGAUUUCUGAAGAGGGGCGAAAGAAUGAGUGAGCCCAUAAUUGCCUAUAUUUUACAUGAAGCUCUCAAGGGACUUCAACAUUUGCAUAACAACAAAACUAUCCACCGUGAUGUAAAAGGAAAUAACAUCCUGUUGACUACUGAAGGUGGAGUUAAACUAGUAGAUUUUGGUGUGUCUGCACAGCUCACCAGCACCUGUCAUCGUCGGAACACAUCUGUAGGAACACCAUUCUGGAUGGCUCCUGAGGUGAUUGCAUGUGAACAACAACUAGAUACCACAUAUGAUGCCAGGUGUGAUACGUGGUCCCUGGGUAUCACAGCCAUUGAGCUGGGGGAUGGAGACCCCCCACUUGCAGAUCUGCACCCCAUGAGAGCACUCUUCAAAAUACCAAGGAAUCCACCUCCAAAAUUAAGGAAAUCUGAGUUAUGGUCAGCAGAAUUCAAUGACUUCAUUAGCAAGUGCUUGACUAAAGAUUAUGAAAAGCGCCCAACAGUGUCAGAUCUUUUGCAGCAUAAAUUCAUUACCCAAAUUGAGGGCAAAGAUGUGACGCUACAAAAACAACUCAUGGAAUUCAUUGACAUUCAUCAGCGCGUGGGAAGCACAGAAAAAGCAAGACAUGAACGUAUUCAUACCAAGAAAGGUAAUUUCAACAGAUCUCCAAUUUCCUGUGUGAAGGAUGUAGAUGAUUUAGCAACCCUAGAAAUGUUGGAUGAGUCGUCCUCCAUGAUGGGAUCAGCCAGUUAUUAUAAGGGUGGGAUGCAAGACCUUUACUCCAGUCAUGAUCCUGAUCCAAGGGAAAGGGAGUUUCCCUGGGGUAUGGCCCGAAUCACUUUUAUCUUACAAGAUAAAAGGAGAGACAAGCAAACAGAAAGGGAGGGCUCUCCAGCCACCAAGCAUUCCAAAAUAUAUAUUGGAGCCAAGAGAACUGCCAAUCCUCCUCAUAUUUUUGCAAUGGCUGACUUAGGAUACCAGUCUAUGAUUACAUAUAAUUCAGAUCAGUGCAUCGUUAUUUCUGGAGAAAGUGGUGCCGGGAAGACCGAAAGUGCUCAUCUUUUAGUUCAGCAGCUGACGGUUCUUGGGAAGGCUAAUAAUAGAACACUUCAAGAGAAGAUUUUACAAGUGAACAAUUUGGUGGAAGCUUUUGGCAAUGCCUGCACUAUUAUAAACGACAAUUCCAGCAGAUUUGGAAAAUACUUAGAAAUGAGAUUCACUUCUUCCGGAGCUGUGGUGGGAGCACAGAUUUCUGAGUACCUUCUCGAGAAAUCUCGAGUUAUCCACCAAGCGAUUGGAGAAAAAAAUUUUCAUAUUUUUUACUACAUCUAUGCUGGCUUAGCUGAAAAGAAGAAACUAGCCCAUUACAAAUUGCCUGAAAAUAAGCCUCCCAGGUAUCUGCAAAAUGAUCACCUCAGAACGGUGCAGGACAUGGUGAAUAAUAGUUUCUAUAAAUCCCAAUAUGAAUCAAUAGAGCAAUGCUUCAAAGUUAUAGGCUUUACAAUGGAGGAACUUGGAAGUGUCUAUAGUAUACUUGCUGCCAUCUUAAAUGUUGGAAACAUUGAAUUUUCUUCUGUGGCGACUGAACACCAGAUUGACAAAAGCCACAUUUCUCAUUAUGCAGCUCUGGAGAACUCGGCUUCUUUGCUUUGCAUUCAGGCAGAUGAGCUGCAAGAAGCUCUCACCUCUCACUGUGUGGUGACUAGAGGAGAAACAAUUAUACGUCCCAACACUGUAGAAAAAGCCACUGAUGUCAGAGAUGCAAUGGCUAAAACGUUAUAUGGGCGUCUCUUUAGUUGGAUCGUCAAUCGCCUUAACAGCUUGUUGAAGCAUGACACACCAUCGAGUAGAGAUGGAGAUGAACUGAGCAUUGGCAUUCUUGAUAUAUUUGGCUUUGAAAAUUUCAAGAAAAAUUCCUUUGAGCAGCUUUGCAUUAAUAUUGCAAAUGAACAAAUUCAGUUUUAUUUCAACCAGCAUGUGUUCGCAUGGGAACAGAAUGAAUACCUACAUGAAGAUAUUGAUGCCAGAGUUAUUGAAUAUGAAGAUAAUCGACCCCUCUUAGAUAUGUUCCUACAGAAGCCAGUGGGUUUACUGUCUCUACUUGAUGAAGAAAGCCGAUUUCCCAAAGCUACUGACCAGACCCUUGUAGAAAAAUUUGAAACCAACCUGAAAUCACAAUACUUCUGGAGGCCCAAAAGAAUGGAACUUAGUUUUGGAAUUCACCACUAUGCGGGAAAGGUCCUCUAUAAUGCAAGUGGGUUUUUAGCUAAAAAUAGAGACACUCUUCCAACCGACAUUGUGCUGCUUUUGAGGUCGUCCGAAAAUAGUGUAAUUCAGCAGCUAGUCAAACACCCUCUGACAAAAACAGGAAAUCUGCCACAUUCUAAAACUAAAAAUACAAUAAGCUACCAAAUGAGGACUUCAGAAAAAUCAAUCGACCUGACAAAGGGUGAAAAUGGAGAAGCCACACGCCAUGCCAGAGAGACAACCAACAUGAAAACACAAACAGUUGCAUCAUAUUUUAGAUAUUCCCUGAUGGAUUUACUAUCUAAAAUGGUGGUGGGCCAACCUCAUUUUGUUCGCUGCAUCAAACCAAAUAAUGACCGUCAGGCAAGAAAAUACGACAAAGAGAAAGUGCUACUCCAGCUUCGCUACACAGGAAUUCUGGAAACAGCAAGAAUUCGAAGGCAAGGAUAUUCACACCGGAUACUUUUUGCUAACUUUAUAAAGCGGUACUAUAUUCUCUGCUACAAGUGGAAAGAAGAGCCCCCAGUGAGCCCGGACACCUGUGCCACCAUAUUGGGAAAAGCUGGUCUUGAACAUUGGGCUCUGGGAAAAACAAAAGUGUUCCUUAAAUAUUAUCAUGUGGAACAGUUAAAUUUAAUGAGAAAGGAAACCAUUGACAAGCUUAUUUUGAUUCAAGCCUGCGUCAGAGGAUUCUUGGGUUCAAGAAGGUACCUUAAAAUGCAGGAGAAAAGGAAAACAAGCGCUAUGAUAAUACAGUCAGCUGCAAGAAAACAUCUAGUCAGGAAACAAAAAAAGGAAAAUGUUCACACAAAAAACAUAACAGUAAGCACCAUUCAGACUCAUGAUCAGGAAUUUGACUACAAGAAAAUUUUUGAAAAUGAAAGGGAAUCUUUUUUGAAGAAGCAAACAGAAAAUGCAGUCUCUACUAAAGAAGCAUUUGUUUCGGCUCCAAAUAAUAAUGAGAGUACGUCUGCAGUGAAGACUUCUACUUUCAAAGCUGAGAAAGAAGCCAUUAAUGCUGCAGAGAGUAACAGCCAAGGAUAUCAAAUGCUGAAAAAACUGAACACUAUGAAUGGGGAAGAAGCUGAGCAAGAAUCAUGCCUGGCAGGGGAUUCUAGGGCAGAAUUGAGCCCCAAACAGAAAAACAUCAAAGACCUGGAAGAGGGCAGUAAAAUAAGAAACAUGGAGAAAGAGGAUGCUGAGAUUCAGUGUUACUGUCAAAGGUACACAGAGGAAAAACAUUUCGAAGACUCAAAAAUGGCAUAUUUAGAAAAGAAUGGCACAUCAGAAAGUCCAAACUCCUCAGGGCUUUGGUUUGCCGAGAAUGGGACUAAGCAGCCUUCAUUUAAAAAUACUUUGGAACCUCGCCUUAGCCAAAGGUCGAGUUAUCAAAAUGCAAAUAGCAAAGAAAAGGAAAAGAAGACAUCUGUGGUUACCCAGAAUGGACAAAUAUGCAGCCAGAAGAAAAGCCAUCCAAGGCAUGGGACGGUCAAAGAGAGGCAAGGUGAUAAAAUGAUACAGGAUCUAGAAGAAGAAGAUAAAGCAGCUGUGUUCAUUCAGAGCAAAUACCGGGGUUAUAAGAGAAGGCAGCAGUUAAGGAAGGAUGGGGUGUCCUCUUCUUUUAAGAAUCAAAAGAUGGCUGCAGCAACAAUGGAAGUAGCAGGACACACUCACCAUUUAUAUUCCUGUCCCAUAACACAUGAGGGAACCUGUCAUAUCAACAGCAGAGAUAACCAAGACACCAAAGCAAUUUCAGAUAAAGAAGCGUGUGAUUUGGCAAUUUUUUCAAAACAGAUAUCAAAGUUAUCUGAAGAAUAUUUCAUUCUGCAGAAAAAACGGAAUGAAAUGAUUUUGUCCCAGCAACUGAAGCCUCUUAAUCUGGAUGUUUCUCCCCAUCAGCCAAGUAAUAGAUGGGUUUCUUCUCAUCCGUGCCUCUCAGGUAUCUCUAAAGGAGAAGAGCCAAAAAUAUUGAGACCCCCAAGACGACCCCGGAAACCCAAAACUUUAAAUAACCCUGAAGACUCCACAUACUAUUACCUACUCCAUAAGUCAAUCCAAGAAGAAAAACGAAGGCCAAGGAAAGACAGUGAAGGAAAGUUGUUAGAUUUGGAAGAUUUUUAUUAUAAGGAAUUUUUGCCCAGUCAUUUUGGAUCAAAGGAAUAUAACCCUAGUUUUAAAGAACAAAGACUGCAAAGAGAACUCCAGAAUCACUGUUUUAAGGCUGAUGAAAGGUGCUGGGCGGCCCAGAGCCCCGAGGAGGAAAAGGAGAAGAGCGGGCAGGGAGCCAACCCCUAUGACUACAGGAGACUCCUACGCAAAACCUCCCAACGCAGACGCCUCGUCCAGCAAUUGUAG